GCCAGCAAGGUUGACGACGGCCAGGCCCGCCCCCUUCUGCUGUGGACCAGGUGGGGAGCCCUCGCAGAAUUUGUUCCUCACUGUACAGCCGAUCACUAUGGCGACUGGACAGAAGUUGAUGAGAGCUAUUAGAGUUUUUGAAUUUGGUGGACCAGAAGUGCUGAAAUUUCAGUCGGAUGUUGCAGUACCAGUUCCCAAAGACCAUCAGGUUCUAAUCAAAGUCCAUGCCUGUGGUGUAAACCCAGUGGACACAUACAUUCGCUCUGGUGCUUACAGCAGGAAACCACCCUUACCCUAUACUCCUGGUUCUGAUGUGGCUGGGGUAAUAGAAGCUGUUGGAGACCACGUAUCUGCUUUCAAGAAAGGUGACAGAGUUUUCAGUACCGGCACGAUCUCGGGGGGCUACGCAGAGUUUGCUGUUGCAGCCGAUCACACUGUUUACACACUGCCAGAAAAACUGGACUUUAAACAAGGAGCUGCCAUCGGUGUUCCGUAUUUUACUGCUUACCGAGCUCUGCUCCACAGUGCCCGCGUGAAAGCCGGAGAGAGUGUUCUGGUUCAUGGGGCUAGUGGAGGGGUGGGACUAGCAGCGUGCCAAAUUGCUAGAGCUUAUGGCUUAAAGGUUUUGGGCACAGCCGGCACCCAAGAAGGACAAAACAUCGUUUUACAAAAUGGAGCCCAUGAAGUGUUUAAUCACAGAGAGGUUAAUUAUAUCGAUAAAAUUAAGAAAUCUGUUGGUGAAAAAGGAAUUGAUGUUAUUAUUGAAAUGUUAGCUAACAUAAAUCUUAGUAAUGAUUUGAAUCUUCUGUCAUACGGAGGACGAGUAAUAGUUGUUGGCAGCAGAGGUCCCAUUGAAAUAAACCCACGCGACACCAUGGUAAAGGAAACUAGUGUCAUUGGAGUUGCUCUCUACUCAUCAACCAAGGAGGAAUUUCGGCAGUUUGCAGCAGCCCUUCAAGCUGGAAUGGAGGUUGGUUGGUUGAGACCUGUCAUAGGUCCUCAGUAUCCAUUGGAGAAGGUGGCGCAGGCUCAUGAAGAUAUCAUUCACAGCAGUGGGGCUACUGGAAAGAUGGUUCUUCUCACGUCAUGAUCAGUUCUUUCGUGUAUUUCCUAUGCAGUUAGAGGUUUCUCACCCCAGUUUUACGUACACUAUCUUUGCUUUAAUUGGCAUUCAUUUGAUUCAGUGAGUUUCUUAUAUUAAAAAACAAAAUGUGUCCUUAGAGAUCUUGGGCAUCAGAGUGUAAUUCAUGUUAUAGCGGGCAAUGUUCUCCAUGCCUUCUGCCUGUAAUCAAGCAGUCAUAGCAGGAAGUAGAAUGUUGUGGUAAUUUGCAUUGGGGUGCAUUUUAGAAAUUCCUGAUACUUGAUCAUUAAUUUCAUACCUUUGACUAAAACAUGCUAAUUAAAAAUAAGACUGCUUGCCCAGGCCGGUUUGGCUUAGCGGUUAG